AUGGCUGAACUUAAUAAUAUUCAAUUUGAGAACGAACAAACAAUUCAUCAAGACUCUACAAUUCGAAGUAAUCUUAAGAGAAAACAACCUAAUCAAAAAAAUAAAUCUAAUAAAAGAAAAACUCAAAAACAUGAAAUUUGGAAUCAUGUUAUAGAAAACUUAGAUAAAAAAUUAGUUUCAUAUAUAAUUUGUAGUCAAUCAUAUAAUUCACAAUCAAGUUCAUUAGUUGUAAAUUUAAAAAAUUAUUUUGAAAGACUUCAUAAAGAAACUUAUAUCGAAAUUUUGAAUAAAGAAUUAACUCGAAAAAAUAAUCAAAAUUUAACUAAAAAUCAAACUAACAAUCAACAAGAAACAGAAAUUAAUGAGCCAAGAAAAAAUAUUCAACAAGAAACAGAAAUUGAAACAUUAUUUUGA